UUUCCAAGAAACCAAACCUCAUCAUGCACCUUAUAAUUGCAUACCUAAAAUUCCCCUAUAUUAUAUAGCCCAAAAGCACAAACCCUCUUUCUAUCCUUCCACAAUUUACUAGAUGCAAAUGCAGCAUCCCAGUAAGCAACAACAAGGUCUUCUUCAAGACCUUUUCACUCCAAUCACACACACUUGGACCACAUUUCCUGAUGAAGAUGUUGGUUUUCUUCAUAGUUUUGGUGAUAACACUUUUAACGAAGAAGAUAAUUCAUAUUUAGCUUCUUCUUCUACAAUUAUGGAACAUAUAUUAUCCUCUUUACAGCCAACUUGUGAUCCAAAUCUUAACAGCUUCACUGCGGUUAAUAUUCCGAAUUCUAGUUCAUUUGAGCAAAAGAUAUAUGGACAUGACGAUAAACCAAAGCCAGUGGCUUCAUUUCAAGAAGGAUAUCCAAGAAUUGUGGAACAAAAAGAUGACAAAAUUCAUGAAGAAAAGCAGGCAGUUAAUGGGGAAAAGAAGAGCAAAUCUAAGAAGGUUGAAGGGCAGCCCUCCAAGAAUUUAAUGGCUGAAAGAAGGCGAAGAAAGCGGUUAAAUGACCGACUUUCAAUGCUCAGAUCAAUUGUUCCUAGAAUAAGCAAGAUGGACAGGACAUCAAUACUUGGGGAUACAAUAGAGUAUAUGAAAGAACUAAUGGAAAAGGUCAGUAUUUUGAAAGGACAAGAUGUGGGAACAGAUUCUAAUAGCUUGAACUUGAUAGUUAAUGAAGCAAAACCAAGAAAUCUACCAAAGUUUGAAGUAGAGCGGAGAAACACAGAGACCCACGUUCAGAUUUGCUGUUCAACAAAUCCCGGAUUGCUGCUAUCGACAGUAAACGCACUCCAAGUGUUAGGCCUGGACAUUCAAAAUUGUGUCAUGAGUUCUUUUGGUGAUUUUACCUUUCAAGCUUCUUGUUCUGAGGCACCAGAUCAUAUGAUGACAAGUUCAGAAGAAAUUAAGCAAAUAUUAACCAGAAAUGCAGGUUAUGGUUAUGGAGGGCCAAGUCUUUAAAGAAGCAUGGAUAGUGUAUGACAUGUUCUUCUACAAAGAAGUUGUUACUUAGUUAUCUUGAAUCCUUUUUCAUAAUUUCAGAUGUUUUUAUAUGUUCUAUCACUUUAUAUUUAAUGGAAAAGGACAAUGAUUCCCCCGUUUAAUCUAACAAGGGAAGGUGCAAAAAGAUUCAAAUUUCAACAGAAGAAUCAAGAAUGUUUUUUGGCCA